AGGGAACAGCUUCAAAUGAUAUGGGAAAGAAACAAGUGCUGUUUACCAAGAGAUGGUUUCACACUGACAGAAGGUGACUUUUGUCUCUCUCUCAUCUUUCAGUGCCCACCUCGUGCCCUCCCUCCAGUGCCAAGUGGAAACCAAGAUGAAAUUCCACUCAGUCGUCCCAAAAAAAGGAAACCCAAAGGAAAGACUCCGUUAGAUGGCAUUGUCCAAGCAGCAGUUCGUCGGCAAUCUGAAAGCAGUGAGCCCCUAACUCCUGAACCUCAUGAUGUCCCUCCUCAGAGGAAACGCAAGAAGAAGAAAGUACCUACUGAUUCUGAGACCUCUUUUACCCAGCAAAAUGUUACAUCCCUAUUUCAGAAUGGAAAUGACAUGGAUGUCCCUGAAGCUGAAGAAACAGUGAUCCGCAAACAGAGAAAAAGAACCAAGAAACCUCGGCCAGCCGAAAUGCACUGUUCCAAUGAGCUGGAAGUAGAGGAGGAAGACAUCAUUGAAGAUGAGCACAUAAAAAGCCCGGAUCAGCAGCCUGUGUUUGCUGCUCCCACUGGAAUUAGCCAGCCUGUUAGCAAAGUGUUUGUUGAAAAAAAUCGGCGUUUUCAGGCAGCUGACCGUGCAGAAUUGAUUAAAACCACUGAAAAUAUCAAUGUACUUAUGGAUGUGAAGGCUUCAUGGACUACCAGAGAUGUCGCCCUCUCAGUGCACCGAAGUUUCAGGGUGAUUGGACUCUUUACCCAUGGCUUCCUCGCUGGAUAUGCUGUAUGGAAUAUCAUUGUAAUCUACAUUUUGGCAGGAAAUCAGCUUUCCACAGUUUCUAACCUGCUUGAGCAGUAUAAGACACUAGCAUACCCAGCUCAAAGUUUGUUCUACUUGUUGCUGUCUAUCAGUACAGUCUCAGCCUUUGACAGGAUUGAUUUGGCAAAAGCAUCAGUUGCACUGAGGGGCUUUCUUACCCUGGACCCAGCAGCAGUAGCCUCUUUCUUGUACUUUGCUGCACUUAUCUUAUCCUUAAGCCAGCAGAUGACAUGCGACAGAAUUAACCUCUACACAUCACCCUCGGAAAAUGGCAGCAUCUGGGUGGCAGGUAUGGAGGAAGAAAUUGUUCAGCCAUGGGUUGUGGUGAAUCUGGUAGUGUCUAUUUUAGUUGGGACAAGUUGGAUCUUCUUGUCUUACAGACCAGAACUAGACCACGGUGAAGAACUGAUGUUUCAUGCUGAAAUUGAAGAAUUUCCCCAGGGAGAUAUCAUACCCAGAGUCCAGCCAUAGUGUGGAACAAGCAUCUGCAAAUACUGUAGCUGUGACCGAUGGCUCAACAUGUUGUGUAUUAUAGCCAUGUAUAAUAACCUUCAUAAAGAAAAAAAUGUUUUUUUAUAUUUUAUAUAUUUUAUUUUGAUCUUUUUAUGUAUGCUACAAUUUCCAAAUGUGAUUGAAAACUUUUAUACUUUUGCUUUUUAUUUUACAAAGUAGAUUAUCUCUAGUGCAUAAAGUCAGGAUGAUCUUAUAAAUAUUGCUACCUAUGUAGCCAAAGAAACUAGAUGGAUGCAGAAGAUCCAGUGUUUUUUUUUGAUUGCUGUUCAGUCUUACACAACCUGCUUUUGUUACUAAUGCUGAUAGCAGUUGGCUUACUUGAUUUGGCUAAAUAUUCUCUAGACAUUAAAACAAAUCUUAUGAAGAAAGUAGUCUAAGGAAGAUUAUAAAAAAACAGAGUAAGGAAACCUAAUACAAAGUUAGCAAGCAUAAAAUAAUCUGGAUUUAGUUGUCAUAAAAAGUAUUUGCUAGAAUAAGAGAUUGGAUUGUCAGGGAUUUUGUUUAAUAAUUCCUUAGAAGAGGACACUUCAUUUAGUUCUCUUGACGAAGAUCUUGAUGAUAACAAGUUCUUUCUAGUUGAUGUGGAUACAAGAAACAGAAAUUUUAAUGUUGCAACAAUUUGGAUAGCUAUUGAAUACCUAAAUACAUCUUUUAAUCAAGCAGUUUGGUUUCGGAUUGCUAACAGGACAUAUGUACAUCCUGUAAUUUCUCAGUGGUCAGAAAAUAAAACUAUUACAAAGCCAUUCACAGGAAUAGUGUUAUGAUUUAUCUUUAUCUUGUAUGUCAAGAGUAAUAGUGUUAUUCACUGCUCUUUCUAAAGAAACUUGGAUUUCACAGCUGUUAAAAAUGUUCCUACUUCUGCAUAUUUUGAUGGAGAUUGAUUGCCCCCAAAAGGAUGUAUGUUGUUUUGUGUCAGGAUGAAAUGGAAAACUUAUGAAAAUUACAAGAAAAUGCCUACCAAAGCAAAAAAAACCUCUGAAGCAACCCAUCUUCUAUGUAGUGAUGUAAUAGUGGCAGUUGGUGGGUUUUGAUAAUGAUAGCCAGCAUUCUUUUUCUCAUAUUAAAGCGGCAAAAUGAAAGCACUGCAUAUGUGAAUAAAUAUAGAUGUAUUGCAGGAUGAAACAGUCUCCUUAAGAGAGAUAAACAAAAGCUAGUUUGAAAUCUAUUUCUAAAAAAAGUAUAUGCCUAAAGACCCAAACCUAUUUGUAUAUGUUAUUUAUUAUGUAUUGAUUCUGUGCUGUUUUAUUUAAUGUGUGUGUCUUAGUGCGGUUGUAAAGGGUGUGCAGUUGUCACAGUUCCCUGGAGAAUAACUGUACUUUCUAGUAGUGAGGUAAAGAGUAGCCAGAUAAAAGACUUGAAGGGGGAUGUUGAAGAGCCAGUAACUUUCUCUGCUGUUACCUGAGUUGCUUUAAAACAAAGAUGGGAACAUGAGUAACAGGCUGCUGCUGCGCUGGUAAAGACUUGCAUUCUGUUAUGCCCACCCAGCAGAUUUAAGUAAUUCAAAAAUUCAGUGUUCAUGACAUUUUUGAAAUGCUGUGGUAAUUGAGGUAAAGGGGGAAGGGAAAAAAAGAAUUCUACCAGAAUUAACAAAAUGUUCCACAGCUGUUGGCUGCAUUCUAGGGCAUUCACUUUGUUGUGGUAAAGAGCUGUUUAACCUUUUUUUGUAAAUUAUGGCUCAUCUGUAUGUAUUUUUGCAAAACUGUAGAGCUAAACCAUGGCUGGCACUGCAUUGUACAUUAAAAUGGAGAGAUUCAGGGUGCCACACCCCUUCAGUGUUGCACUGGAGGUUCUUGUCAUGAUUUGGCUGUAGGAGAUGGAAGAUGAGGCACUACUUAGUGUUUCCAUGUAGGUUGCCACCACGCUUCUUCCAGGUGUGGUGUGUUUGAUUUACAGAAUUGUUGAGCUCCUGAAGAUGAGAUUAAUAAUGGUUUCUCAUUGCUGCUUGACAUUUCUGCCAUUUUGGCAUGGUAAGAAGUAAAAUUUUGCCCGUGAAGUAUGGAGCUCAGGCAAAUCUGCACUGAGGCAUCACAUCAGUACUGGAAAAACAUGAAUAAUAUCAUUGCUUAAUUUCUGACAUUACUAGUAGGAACUGGCCAUCCAAGUAUCCCUUGGACAAAGUGAUGCAAGCCAAGAGCCAGAUUUGUUCUCAUUGUGAAAUACAGUAGUUUGUUUAGAUGGUUGAGUAGGGAUUAAGUUAAUGAACUUAAUGGAAUCUAUACUUCAAACCAGGCUUGCCCUUCCAGUGUAUCUUUUUGGGAGGGUAUGAGUAUAUGCAUUUAAAUAAAUGAGGUUUGAGGUUGCCAUUUAAAAUCACGUUAAUAAACAAUUUCAUGGCUAAUUAUCUAUUUUACAAAGGUACUUUUCAUUCCAUUAAGCCUCACAAUGGAAUAUGAGGUUAACUGAGCUUUUUUGUUUGGUUACUUGGAAAGUUUUAGAACAAGUUUACAAAAUAGAUGUUUAAUUACAGAACACGCAAUAUCUGUAGAAGCCUUAACUGAAAUGCUUUUGUGCAUUUCCAUACCAUUGUUUUUAAUGUACUAUUUUUGUGGUAACGAAAAAAUUAGAAAGCUGUUAGUGCCAAUUUCUUGGUUUUACAUAUAUAAAACAUAUAUGAAACAAUUAAACAGCUGCUCAAAACUAGUUAAAAACUACUGUACUACUUUGUCCUGUUUCCAAAUUAUUAGUUUAAAAUAAAUGUCUUAACUUUUUUCCCCCAAUGCUAAUAUUAUGUAUAUUAUACAAGCUCUGAAUGGGUUAUUAUGGGAAAACAUUUUCUUUAUUUGUGGCAGUGUUGUAAACAAUGGCUUUGCUUUUACUCCAUAGAUCCGGCUGCUCUACUGGUCUUUUGUGCAAUCAGAAAUGAUACUGUAAUCACCUGAAAACCAGUAAGUAAAGUGUAUUUCAUCAGUUAAUGGUGUUUGUUGAGCCUUAAAAGAAGAAUAUUAAGAGUGGAAGCCGAUGGCUGUCUUUAACCACCUAAUGGGUGGCAUUAAUUUGCAAAGUGUCUUUUAAAGUUUUUUUGGUAUUGCUGAGGUAAACUUCAGGAGGAUUAUGGUUAGGUCAGAAUUACUCUUCCAUAUUUGCAACAGAAUUAAUUUAAAUGACUGAAGGCUUUGGGAUAAGGGAGUCAAUCAUUGAGUACGUAUUUAUUGCUAAGCCUUACCUUUCCCUUCCUUUUCCCUCAUAGUGCUGUGUAAGAUACUCUUGUAUUCGUCCAUGCAACUGUGCUUGAAGUUGGUCAGUAAAUCCACAGGCACUUCGA